GGACCUGAGCAGGUGCCGCGACUACCAUCGCCGGCACAAGGUGUGCGAGGCGCACUCCAAGACCCCCGUCGUCACCGUCGCCGGCCGCGAGAUGCGCUUCUGCCAACAGUGCAGCAGGUUUCACCUGCUUACGGAGUUUGAUGAGACCAAACGCAGCUGUAGAAAGCGCCUUGAUGGGCACAACCGUCGCCGCAGGAAACCGCAGCCAGAUGUGAUGAAUUCUGCAAGUUUUAUGACGAGCCAACAAGGAACAAGGUUUUCAUCAUUUCCAACUCCAAGACCGGAGCAAAACUGGCAAGGGAUCAUUAAAACCGAGGAGAACCCCUAUUACGCACAUCAACUCCCUCUGGGCAUCAGCAGCAGGCAGCAUUUUGGUGGAUCUGCGUCGACUUACGCCAAAGAAGGACGGCGGUUUCCUUUCCUGCAGGAAGGCGAGAUAAACUUUGCCACCGGUGUGGCACUUGAGCCUUCAGUGUGCCAGCCGCUCCUCAAGACGGUAGCUCCUCCCGAGAGCAGCAGCAGCAGCAGCAAGAUGUUCUCUGAUGGGCUGACUCCGGUGCUCGACUCGGACUGUGCUCUCUCUCUUCUGUCAGCUCCGGCAAACUCCUCCGGUAUCGAUGUUGGCCAGAUGGUCCAGCAGACUGAACACAUCCCCAUUGCCCAGCCUCUGUUCUCCAACCUGCAGUUCAGCAGCUCGUCCUGGUUCUCGCGCACCCAGGCUUCCACCGGCACCGUCUCAGCGACCGGAUUUUCCUGCCCCGCGGUGGAGAAUGAGCAACUGAACAAUGUGCUAAGCUCGGACAACAAUGACUUGAACUACAAUGGGAUAUUUCAUGUCGGCGGUGAAGGCUCGUCGGACGGCGCCCCGCCAUCUCUGCCCUUCCCGUGGCAGUAGGUUUCAGUGGCUGUUCGUGUCUCUUCUCUCUAGUGAUCAACAUUUGUUUCUGUUCAAUCUGAAUCAUUCCUUUUCUUGUAUUCAUUUUACUUGCAAGCAUUCGUGUGAACAAACUCAGCAUAAAUCAAUUCCUUGAAAUCUUUAUGCA